CAGCGUGUGUACCGCCACGGCAGCCAACACACCAGCUCGAGAGACUAAGUGUCUGGCCCUCCUGACCCCUCACUCUUCGUGUGCGGCUGUACACGUGUCGCGCAUCUACAGCUUGCAAGAGCUGGUCGCAUCCGUGUGCUCUCGGUGAAAAGUCCUCUCGCCGUCGUCAUCACCCUUCACCCUCUCGCCGUCAUCAUGGCUGUAAUAAAGCCGCUAUCUUUCUGCUGCAGGCAUGCUCCACUCUAAGAUCAGGUGCGUGUACGGGAAAGCACUAGCGACUGGAGGAGGAGGAGGAGGAGGAGGAGGAGGAGGAGGAGCAUGGGUGCACAAGAUCCGCAAGGAAACGACUCCAUCUCCUAUGGCUUCGCCCAAAGCAGGGAGCGGACAAGUGAACAGAGUUAAGGAAGAAUCCCCAUCUGCUCUCCCUCCUCCGUCUGGGGGAGGGGGAGGAGGGGGAGCGGGAGCGGGGGGAUUGCGCAGGGGAGAGCCCGGGUCGCCUCCACCAGUCAAGAGGGCCCAGGUCUUGACGUCUGUCAAGUCUGAGCCUCCCAAACCCACCUCCUCCCUCUCUCCUCCUUCCCCCCCGCCAUCGAAAGUGACGAAACACGAUGGCCCCGCCGCCGGCGGGUCCUCCUCCUCCUCCCUCCUCAAGCCUAAGCCCCCUUCUACCCCAACUCCCGCUUCUCAUAAGACCUCGGAGUCAUCUGACUCCGAGGACGAUAAGCCUCUGGUUGCCCGCGCUCGGCUUCCCGCCAAUGCACCUCCCGUUGGCGGGAAAAAGCGACCAGCAGACAAGAACGGAGCUAUGGCCUCCAUAGGAAGUCCAGAAAAGAAGCCUAGGGUAACGACCACUGGUCCAUCAUUUUCGAAUGCCAUCAAGAAGGAGCAGGGCGCUGACGUGGCAGAUGCAGAGAGCGACGACGACGUGCCACUGGCGAAGAGGGCGUCGGUUUCCAUCAAGCCGAACCCUAGUAGCAGCUCUGCGGGCGGUGCAGCAGGAGCGGCCACGAAGAAGGUUCUAGACAAGGGUGGCUUGAGCAACAAGAGCAAAACUCCGGUGGGAGGAGUGAAGACGCCCAACAAGGUGAAGAGGGAGGUGGUCCAGGAUAAGAGAUCUCCCGUCGUGCCGAAGGGAGAUAGCGGGGGCGACCCCUCGACGUCCAGCGAUGGCAAGGUGAAGUGGACCACCUUGGAACAUCAUGGUGUUAUCUUCCCGCCCCCCUACACGCCGCACGGGCUUAAGAUGCUGUAUAACGGGAAACCUGUCGACUUGACGCCUGAACAGGAAGAGGUUGCUACAAUGUUUGCCGUCAUGAAGGACACCGAUUAUGCGACGAAAACAGUGUUCGUAACGAACUUCUGGAAAGAUUGGAAAGCGGUUUUGGGAAAGGACCACGUCAUCCAAGAUUUCAGUAAAUGCGAUUUCACGCCCAUUUAUGAAUGGCAUUUAAAGGAGAAGGAGAAAAAGAAGAACAUGAGUGCAGAGGAGAAAAAGAAGUUAAAGGAGGAGAAGACGGCUUUGGAAGACAAAUAUAUGUGGGCGGUUGUGGAUGGUGUAAGAGAAAAGGUCGGUAACUUCAGAGUGGAACCGCCAGGACUUUUCCGUGGCAGAGGAGAACAUCCAAAGAUGGGGAAGCUCAAGAAGCGAAUCUAUCCUGAAGAUAUUGUGAUCAAUAUUGGAAAGGAAGCUCCGGAUUACAUCGCCAAUAUCCGACGGAACUACGAAAAAGCAUUUGCCUCGGACUCAACCGAGAAAAGACAGAUUGCGGUCGCGACAUAUCUAAUUGAUCGGUUGGCACUGAGAGCAGGAAAUGAAAAGGAUGACGAUGAGGCGGACACAGUAGGUUGCUGCUCAUUGAAAGUUGAACACGUAACUCUUGUUGCUCCGAGGUCUCUGCAGUUUGAUUUCUUGGGUAAGGACUCGAUUCGAUAUUUCAACACUGUAGAAGUGGACGACCGGGUCUACCGAGCGAUUGGCGAUUUCCAAGAAGGAAAGGAUCCUGGAGAUGAUCUGUUCGAUAGGCUGGAUACCAAUAAGCUAAAUCAGCAUCUGAAGGAAAUUAUGCCCGGCUUGACCGCAAAGGUCUUCCGUACAUACAACGCGUCCAUCACUUUGGAUAGAUUGUUGCAAGACACGGUUGGAAGCAACGUGGUAGAGCGGGUAGCAGAUUACCAGAGGGCAAACAAAGAGGUCGCUAUUCUUUGUAACCAUCAACGGUCAGCUUCGAAGAACCAUGGAGCGCAAAUGGAAAGGCUAGAAGGGAAAAUGAAUGAACUCCAGGCUACCUUGGACGAGCUGAUUUCUGAUCUGGAACGAGCGAAGAAAGGAAAGCCACCGUUGAAAAAAGACGAAGAUGGGAAACCAAAGAAGAUGCAGAGCCCUGAAGUAAUUGAGAGGAAUAUAGAAAAGACGAAGCAGAAGAUGGAGAAGAUGAAGCUGGACAUGAGGAUUAAGGAUGAGCUGAAGACAGUGGCGCUCGGCACGUCCAAGAUCAAUUACAUGGAUCCUAGAAUCACAGUAGCAUGGUGUAAGAGGCAGGAAGUGCCUAUAGAGAAGGUUUUCAACAAGUCUUUACUCGCCAAGUUUGCGUGGGCUAUGGAUGUAUCGCCGGACUACCGAUUCUGAGAAACUGCAAGUUCGUUUCAUUUUGACCUUUUUGGUUUAAUCCUGGUUUCUGUAGGAGCAUUUCCCACUGUUGGCAUCACGACAAAGAACAUGUAUUUGGAGCCUUUUGUUUUCAUUUGAAAAGGGGGUGUGGGAUAGGGGGGUGGGGAGUGAAAUGGUACCUAGCAGGAAGCAGCGAAGGAGCAAGAGGAGGAGGAGGAGGAGGAGGAGGUGGUGGUUGUGAGGAGGGAGGGUGAUUGCUGCUGCUGCUGCUGCCUCGUUACGGGUACCUAACUGCGCUCGAGGAGUCGAUGGUUUCGCCUCUGAGGAUUGGGUAGAGAGAGAAUUUAUGAGGGCGGCAUAGAUUGGCCAUCGGGCAACCCCCCCGUUAAAUAGCUGUUGAAUAAACUGGGAUGUUUGUGUCGUAGGUCUUUUGAACAAGCACGCGAGAUGACGAUGUCCAUGUUGCGACUGUGGGUGCGGCGAAGGGCUGCAGGCAGUCUCCUUAGGAAGGUGGGUGGGGAGGUUGGGAAGGAAGAUCGGAAGAUCGUAGGCCAGGUGAUUGUGUGGCUGAUGUGGUGGUGAAUUUAUUAUCGUGCACCGUUUUUUGAAAUUUCCCUGUCUGUCUAACACGCGCGUAUCCUGUGGCCAGGUGGAUUUCACUCAGCAAGACAUUACAUCACCACACAAGGUUUGAACUCCUUGGUUACUUGGAGUUGUGCGUGACGACGGUGAUGGGGAAUAUACUUCUUGAAUCGCCGAUCCUUAAGGUAGGGCGCAUUUUAAGGAUGAUGAAUUUUGCCAUUUACACAUUUCUAGCGAAUGUUUGACCACCAUCGCCGAUUGAGUCAGUCCCCCACACCCUCGAAAAAAUGUGGUGAUGGGGAAAGCAUUCUUCUUCCAGGCACUGUAUAGUUUGCUUGUCAAAGAGAGAGAGAGAGAGAGAGAGAGAGGGGGGGGUGGGGGGAGGAGGAGGAGGAGGACGACGACGAGGAGGAGCGUUCGGCCUCGCUGUAGACUUUGUGUUCGCAAAGUCUUUGACAGGCCGUUGCUGUAUGCCCGAUGUGCACAGAUGUAUCAAUAUAGAACGUGGAUUUGCCGGGCAGUCUGUGUGACCUCACUUAGCGAACGAACGGAGAUAAGAAGAUGUGUAAUGCGGAGGGAGAGGGGGGUCAACAGAGACAGAACCUAAACACAGCCUCACUGAUAACUUCAUGUCCAUGAAGUUUUUUCUGCGUCCAAGUUGUCGUCAUGCCCAACGUGCACGCUUGUACGAAGAGAGAGAACGUCGAUUUGCCUGGAAGUCUGUGGAAUGUCAGCAGCUGACUUGUUGAGAUAUGCAUGAAGGCCAGAGGGGGUGCAAUAGAACACCCUAAGCACAGUCCCCUGAUAUUGCUGAGGGCUCCACUCUGCUUACUCUGCGGAAUCGUAUUAUAUUCUUCAAAGGGGUCUUCUGGCAUUUUCGACGGGUACAGUGGAGGGGAUGUGGCACCAGCGAGGUCGAUAUAGAUGUUGCCGAGAGGGGUAGAUAACGCGUAGAGGGGUAGGUAACGCGAAGACGGGUACAAAAUGUGGAGAGGGGAAAAAGAUGAGGGGGCAUCAAUAUACCGAAGUCAGUGUGAUGAUGAGAAGAGACUCUGAGAGUUUCCACAUCGCCCUCCUCGUGACGGAAAGUGUGACCUGAAUAGUGAUUGUGGAUGAACCCGAAAGUGUUUCCACAUCGCCCUCCUCGUGACAGAAAGCCUGUAUUUUACGGGUCUGUCUGCCAUCACUGGUGGGAAUUGACGCCACCCCUACAAUACAGUCGUUCUGUCUCCAUUUUAGGGGUCCCUCUCAUCAGUUUACUCUGUUGUGUCUGGCAAUGAACACUAGCGAUAUUUCGUGUGCAAGGAAGCCUGCAGUGCACCCUGCCAGUAGCAGUGGGGAGGAGUAUGGAGGAAUGCGAAGAGGGUAGCGCUCACAGGGGAGGCGGGCGGGGGGUUGAAGAUGGGUACCCUAAACAAAGACUCGGCUCUCGGCGAUUGUCGUUUUGACGUUUGUAGUCAAUUCAGUCCAGUUGGUGUCAGACUGUUAGGCAACCCUUUUUUUCCCUGUUUAGGUGAAAAAUUAAGGCAUGCCAGCUUGCUGUGCCAUCAGUGAUUUAUAAGCGCUCACAUUGGGAAUUGGGUUUAUUGCUUUGCAAAAGCAUGUGUUUUUUUUUUUGGGCGAGAGAGAGAGAGAGAGAGAGAGAGAGAGAGAGAGAGAGAGAGGUGCUGAAUGUGGCAAGAGGAAUGAAGGAGUGUGGCUACAAUCAUGUUCUCUGAGGAAUGAUUCAGGAGUGUGGCUACAAUCAUGUUCUCUGAGGAAUGAUUCAGGAGUGUGGCUACAAU